CUUCACUAUCAUGUCACCCUCCAACCCUCUAUUCUCUCCACACCGACACGACCGCUAUGACGACCACCCUCCCGCCGCUGCCGGACCAUCCACUCAACGUCCCUCUCAAUCGCAUUCUCACCCCAGCCCUGCCAGACAUAGCGCAAGCAGUGAUGAGGGAAGAUUUGUGGAUGCUGAAGGGGAUGGCGACGAUGCCGAUUUUCGAUUGAGAGAAGGCAUGAUGGGUUUUCAACCUCCUCCCCCGCGUAACAUCAACACCCGUCCUACGCCCCAAAACGUAUACCCUCAAGCUCUUCCCUAUCGACCCGUCACACCUCCUAGCAGUCUCUUUGAUUAUGGAAUGUCAAGUCCAGCACGUGAUCGCUUGAUCAGCUCUUCUUCCAUGACUUCCAUGUCAUCGACACCCAGAGGGCGAAGGGCACCGGCCCCUGCUGCUUUGGAUCUCAGUCCGAGGUCUGAACGUGAAAAGGAAAAGGACAAGAAACAGGUGGCUCUCGGUCUUGGACUCGCUCCUGUUGAUUCAAAUGUCACCCAAAGAGCAGUGACGGACUCGUAUCUCAACCGGACCACCACUCAACGUGCCUCGCGACCUUUACCCCCUGUACCAGUCCAGAAACCCCGCUCUACUACCUUGGACUACCCCUCAACCUCCGUGGAUCCGUCGAGCUUUUACCACAUGAACUCGCGGUCGAAUGAGACACAACCUACCUCCAUCCCUGCCUCCCCUUC